CGGGACGGAACCAGAGCCAGAGGCGUCCCGGCCCGGUGGGAGGACGCCGCCGCAUCACGCAUUGAUGCUAGAGCCGGAAUUCUGUUUGAGCGUGUGCAGCCGCUCCCAGCUCCCGGUCAAGGCAGUGUCUCCAGUUACCAGAUGGAGGAGCUCUUGUUAGGUCGCUGAGCGCUACUUCGGGCUCGGCUCGGAGGCGGCGGAGCUGGGAGCGGGCAUGAUCCUGAACGCGGCGUCUCCCCGGAGGUCGUUCAGCAUCCCCAUUAACAUCAACCUGCAGGGUGCUCGCAGGCGGCAGGCGCGGGACGGCACCCACACAGGGGCGGCCCCGGACCAAGACUGGAGCCGAGGGGCCGACGAGGACGAGGCCCAGCGGGUUCGGACCCAGACGCCGGUGAUGAGCGUGGGCGAGGACAGGGCCAUCCUGCUGGGCUUCACCAUGAUGGCCUUCUCCGUGCUCAUGUUCUUCGUCGUGGGGAUGACGGUGGUCAAGCCGUACAUUACCAGUAACUGGCAGGAGCGGAGCAGCUGCGUGCUGGUGCGGACCGACAUCCUGAAGGACUGGGUGGACUGCAGAGGCGUGAGCACCGUGCCGUGCCUCCGGGCCACCGUUCGCCUCGCGGACUCCAACCGAAGCGCGGUCCUGCGCUUUGACGAAGAGUCCGUCCUCGCCACUGCCGAGUGUUUCUACAUGCCUAAAUGUCGGAUGGAGAGGGCCGAUCUGGAGGACGAGGUCCGAGAGGUGAAGCGGUUCUUGGACAAUCAGCGGGGGAACACCUCGUCAUGCUUCAGCAGCGGCGCGCGGCACCCCGGCGACGUCAUCCUCCGCAGGAAGUACACGCUGAGGAGGUCCCUGUUCUCCCUGCUGUGGCCCUGCCUGACGCUGGGCGGCGGCGCGCUGCUCGUGGGCCUGGUGAAGCUGACGCAGUGCCUGGCCCAUCUGUCCUCCCAGGUGUCCGGCGAGGCCGCGGGGACCAGGCUGCCGCUGACAUACAGCCAGGGCAGAAUGUACAGGCUCCUCCGCAGCAUCCAGUCGCCCGCGUGAUGAACCGGGGUCGCCUCAAUUAUUUAAGAGGACCACAAGGUCUUCUGGAGGCCAGGCACGCACCUCCCGACUAACCAAAGGCUCGAUGGAAUAAUGCUACACCUAUUUCUAAAAUUGAGGGAUAUUCUUCAGAAGCUGAAACAUGCCGGAGGAAAAUCUGCAGGGCUUCAGUUCUUAACUCAUAAAUGUCACACUUUCCAUCAUAUCUGUCAUAUACAAGAUCACGUAUUUCUAUCUGCUGUCGCUGGUCAUCAUUAACCAGCUUUUUGAGUAGACCUUACUUUAAAUAUGCUUGACAUGCCAAGACUGAUUUUUUUUAAAUGCAUUUGCUAGACAUUUUAUAAACAUUGAAUAUCAUCAAAUAUGAAUUUAUUGUACUCAGUUCCUAAGACUAGUCUAAAAGCAUCUUUAGAAAAUUCAAGGCCUUUUUUUUUACUAACAACACUUUGACUGAUUAGUGUUCAGAGGGAUUUUGAACCAUUUUAUAUGUAUAAAUUAAUCAUAUUUGUUUGCCCAGAAACAAGUGUUGCAUUUAAUGUGCUGUUUUCUGUGAAAGAUUUAGAAUCCAAUGAAAGCCCUGAUCAAUACUGUGAACUCCUUUGAUAAAACGUUUACAAGCUUGUACGUUACACAUUUGUACCCAAGCAAACGAAUGUAAUAAAAAGCCUCAUAAUGUGA